AUGGAUGUUGCAUGGUUCGCUUUUCUUUCAGUUGCUGCGGCUGCCCGUGGAAUAGCCUCGACGACAGGUCAUCCGGAGCUAGGAACGUACAGACAAAGUUCGUUCAGAGACGACACAGCGUUUCCUCCUGGCAACGAGCCAACUUCUGGUAGAGGACGUCAACGCCUGCAUUCCUACCAAUCACUUGACCAGCCAAACUACAUUGAUAUUCAAUAA